AAAGUCUUACUUCACUUAUGUUCGUUUUUAAGUGAAAAUAUCUUAAAAUAUGUUGCUUAUCUCGAAACAUACCUGUUAAUUCUGUUUAGUUGAGGGUUUUUUAGGAACCGUCAAAUCAAUAUUUGGGUCCAACGAGGCGUGUUUACGGUAGCCUAUAGAAAAGUACUGGCUUGGCGGUUACCAUCCUUAUAUUCUACCCUGCAGUGUUACUCACGCCUGUAGGUAUUCCCGAAUGAGACUGACCCUUAAAGUUGCACUCUAUUGCAGUAAGUGUCGUCUCAGCAUUGCAGUCAUGCCGAUGUUCGUGGUGAACACAAAUGUUUCAAAGGACGCCGUUCCUGCGGAGCUGCUGUCGGAGGCCACGCAGGAGCUCGCAAAAGCGACGGGCAAACCCGCGCAGUACAUCGCCGUGCACAUCGUCCCGGAUCAGAUGAUGAUGUUCGGGGGGAAAGGAGAUCCGUGCGCGCUCUGUUCUCUCACUAGCAUCGGAAAAAUCGGGGACGCGCAAAAUAAGCAAUACUCUAAACUUCUCAUGGGCAUGCUCAAAAAACACCUUGGCAUUUCACCUGACAGGAUCUAUAUAAACUUCAUUGAUAUGGAUGCAGCUAAUGUGGCCUGGAACAGCACCACCUUUGGAUAAAAAAGAUGGAUGGAUGGAUGGCCUGUUAUAAUGGCAGCUGUGCUCAGAGUUGUUUGGAGUGUUAUAUUACCAGUUGAUUGAGUAUUAACACAUUAUCACAUACCAUAUUGCUUUGACAAUAAAACUUUCUUUGAACUAUAAUGAUUUAGUUUUAUUUAUGAUGUUUUGUCAUUAUUAUUUAUGCCUCUUUAAAACACAAAAAGAGUUUGUAUUUUUAGUCAAUACAGGGUUUAGAUUCUAGAUUGUAUCCCGCUACAAUUUGUUGAAUACUUGCUGUAAAAUGUAACUUGU